ACCAGCCAGCUCCAGCUCUUUCCUGCGAGGCACCUCAUUUCCCGGGCGUGGUGCGGCUUCCUUACUUCUAUCCGACUACCCAUUCUCUGCUCCUCUCAUUUCACGCCUUUUGCUCGCCACAAUCCGUCAGCCCUCGACGACCGCUUCUAUAACCCCCUCCCCUUCAACCUUGACUUCGUGGCUACUAGACUGCUGCGCCGCGACCGAAUAACAACCAGGCCGAACCUCGAUUCAGGCAGAUACAGCUUCACAGGAGAAGCUUUCAGCUACUACGCAGACGACGACUCGCAGAAGACGCAUCAUAGACAUUCGCAGCAAUGGCGGACCCACGCAAUUCGUCAUCCUACUCGGUUGUGCCGCAACUGCAGUAUAACACCGUGAGCGGUGUCAAUGGUCCGCUGGUCAUUGUCGAGAACGUCAAAUUCCCGCGAUACAAUGAGAUCGUCACGCUUACGCUGCCCGACGGUACGGAGAGAAAUGGACAGGUUCUGGAAGCUCGAGGUGACCGAGCUGUCGUCCAGGUCUUUGAGGGUACUCCCGGUAUCGAUGUGAAGAAGACCCGUGUCAAGUUCACCGGCCAGAACCUCAAGCUCGGUGUCUCGGAGGACAUGCUGGGCCGUAUCUUUGAUGGAUCUGGACGCGCCAUCGACAAGGGCCCCAAGGUGCUGCCGGAAGAGUACCUCGACAUCAACGGCAGUCCCAUCAACCCCUUCUCCCGAGAAUACCCCGAGGAAAUGAUUGCGACCGGUAUCUCGGCCAUCGACACCAUGAACUCGAUCGCUCGAGGACAAAAGAUUCCCAUCUUCUCCGCCUCCGGUCUGCCGCACAACGAAAUCGCCGCUCAGAUUUGCCGACAGGCUGGUUUGGUCAAGCAGCACGGAGUUACCAACAAGGGCGUCCACGACGGCCACGAGGAGAACUUCUCCAUCGUGUUUGGUGCCAUGGGUGUCAACUUGGAGACUGCUCGGUUCUUCACCCGCGAUUUCGAGGAGAACGGCAGCUUGGAGCGUACCACGCUGUUCCUCAACCUUGCCAACGAUCCUACCAUCGAGCGUAUCAUUACUCCUCGUCUCGCCCUUACCACCGCCGAAUACUAUGCCUACCAGCUCGAGAAGCACGUCCUAGUCAUCUUGACGGAUUUGUCGGCCUACUGCGAUGCCCUUCGUGAGGUUUCCGCCGCUCGAGAAGAAGUGCCCGGUCGUCGUGGUUUCCCCGGUUACAUGUAUACCGAUUUGUCGACCAUCUACGAGCGAGCUGGUCGUGUGACGGGACGAAACGGCUCCAUCACCCAGAUUCCCAUCUUGACCAUGCCCAACGACGACAUCACCCACCCCAUUCCCGACCUGACUGGAUACAUUACCGAGGGACAGAUCUUUGUCGACCGACCUCUGUACAACCGUGGUAUCUACCCUCCGAUCAACGUGCUGCCCUCGCUGUCGCGUUUGAUGAAGUCUGCCAUUGGUGAGGGCAUGACGCGCAAGGACCACGGCGAUGUGUCCAACCAGCUGUACGCCAAGUACGCCAUUGGCCGUGAUGCCGCUGCCAUGAAGGCGGUCGUCGGUGAGGAGGCCCUGUCAUCCGAAGACAAGCUGUCGCUCGAGUUCUUGGACAAGUUUGAGCGCCAAUUCAUCAGCCAGGGCGCGUACGAGUCUCGAUCGAUCUACGAGUCUCUGGAUCUGGCGUGGAGCCUGCUCCGCAUCUACCCCAAGGACCUGCUCAACCGUAUCCCGGCCAAGAUCCUCAACGAGUUCUACCAGCGAUCCCAGAAGGAUGCCAAGGCAAAGGGCAAGGCGCGAGCCGAGGUUGCCUCCAACGACAGGCAGCAGGCUGAGGAGAAUCUGAUCGACGCUUAA